AUGGCCUCUCGCUACCUCGCCGCCACCGUUUCCGAGAUCGAGCGUCCCCACUUCUCCUGCAAAAAGUACCUCGAGCGGCGCAUCGUCCGCGCAUGGAAGUCCUUCAGCCAGAGGACCCGCAAGCCUGAGCGCGCGUCUAUCCUCCCAGAAGACUUUGUCCUCAUGACUGCCCGUCGGCGCAGCAUCCGCUACAACCAGCACUGA